CAUAAUGCGCGUGCGCAGAAGAUGAUGAAUAUAGUCAGUCUGCCUGAUCGUUUGCCAAAUGUCUUUGGUUUUCAAUCAUGUUUUCUUGACAUUCACGUUUGGACAAAUAAAUUUUCAUCCAAUUUGACACCUACUAUUUCAAACGACAUAUUGUUACCAUGGCGACACUGUGCUCUUAUGCUGGUGCAUCUCUUCAUCUGCAGCUUGUUGUGCACAUCAUUCUUCUUGCUUCGAUUACAGAUAACGUUCAAGCAUCUGAAAAUGUUCCCGACAAUACAGUCUGGACACCGCCAACAGCAACGUUCUUCUAUGGCCAACCGAAAGCGAACAUUACCUGUAAAUUUCGAGGGAUCCCCUACGCUGUUUACUGGAUGAAAGGAAGCACUGCGGAUACAGCGACCACCUUGAUCUCAAAGGUCAACGGAGUGACCAAGAGACCAGCGUCUGAUGCCGGAUCGCUUGACAUCAACGACGAGUAUACCCUGAUCUUUAACAACAUUCAGGCUGGAGAUGCAGGCAAUUACAUCUGUAGAGUGUCAAAUCACAGAGGAUUCCUAAUCGUCAAUAACACGGCCGUCAGAGUUCUGGACCCUGAUGUAGUCAGCAUAUUCACAGAGCCUAACAUGACAGGGUGGGCUGGAUUUUCCAUCAAUAUCCAGUGCACCUUCGUGGGCACCCCAGAACGGGUCCUAUGGAACAGAGCUCAGAAAAACUCCAAGAUCAACAGUGUAGAAACUGUCAUGAGGUACACAACAAAUGGCUAUGAGGUCCUGGGCGAUCGGAGAUACACUUGGAGCAAGAGCUAUGGCCUGAUCAUCAAGGAUCUGGAGAUCAUGGACGAGGGCAAUUUCACCUGUAUGGUCUCCAAGCCAGGGGGUACUGAAAUUGAAAAUACUACGGUCCUGAACGUAAACGCUCGUGCUUUGAAGCCGUAUAUCCAGAUCCCAGGUUGUAGGCAUGAUCCUGAGAGAGAAAUGAAUCAAUCAACUCCUGAACCCUGUGAGAUCAAGGUGUCCAAGGAUGAGGAAUUUUUUAAUCUUCAGUGCUCAGUCAUAAGAGCCAAGCCACAGGUUGAUCUGCUUUGGCAAGACAUGCAAGGAGGAUCAAGGAACCUAACCAAACUUAAACCAAUCAUCACAGCAAGGAAAGAUGGCGGAUUUGACGCCGCGGUCACACUUACUCGGCCGACGAACCAAACCUCAACACACCCAAUGUCUUUCAAGUGCCUCGCGUCUGGGAUUGCUGUCGAUGGCACUGCAGAGCAAACCGUGAUUGUUCAAAUCAUAGAGCCAAAAGCACCCCCAUCGAAAAUGAAAGGACCACCGGUUGAAAUCAUUUUCAUCGUCAUCAUUUUCCUGGCUGUUCUUGUGUUCCUGAUAUUCAUCGUUGUUAGGUGGUGGCAGUAUCAUAAAAGCCAAACUGAGUCAGGUUACUCCGAGGUCGAGUCUCAAGCCAAUGGCGAACCGAGAAGCAGAUUUGGCUUUAGAUUGCCAUUAUCCAAAGAUUGUAUUAGCUGGAUGUUCUGUUGCGGUACCAAAGUGGGUUUGUCGGGUGGCACCGAUCUGGAAGAAGUUAAAGGACUGACUGCGGAAGAGACAGAAUUGAAAGAACUUCGAGAAAAGCUCGAGAAAUAUCGACCUGGCAGACUAACGGGACUGGCACGGGUCGACAUACCUGACUCGUCUGUCCACAUCGGUGUUUUCGGCGUUAUGGGUGCUGGGAAGUCAUCGUUCAUCAAUUCAUUGAACUUCGCUCUAACGAAUGAGUAUAAAAACGUUUCGAUCGAGGCUGACAGAGAACAAGGGGGUAGUGAGACCAAGUUCCGAGAUGUCAUUCAGCUAACAGAAUACAUACACGUAGUAGACAAUAGAGGAAUGAUGGACCUCAACAUUAAACAGAUCGAGAAAGACCUCAUGCCUCAGAUUCGUGGAAAACGUGGACUGAAUCCACAGGAUAAAGUAAAGGGAGGAAAAAAGAUUCACUGUCCGGUCAUCGUGUGCGAUCCAAGUGGCCCAGUUAAGUUUGAUGACACUCUAAGGUUUAUCAGUGCCUUUACUCAAGCUGUUAAUGAUUCCUUUGGUCGUCAUCUAAUGGUUGUCAUCACCCACGAAAAUAAGCUCCGUAAUCCAGACAUGCCAGAAGGACCGGUUAGUCCUGAUAGUCAAACCGUUGAGGAUGUUGUGGAGAAGAUCAAGCAACAAGGAGGUGUCCCUAAGAACUAUAUCCAGAUAUUCGAGAACUACACUGCAGCUUCUCACGAGCCUGAUGUCAAACGGAGCACGGACUAUUUGAAGUUUCUGGUUUCGUGUUUGGACACAGGGGAGAGGAAUAUUCGUUUUAGGUUGGAUCAUGAAGGUGAGCGUACGUCGAUUUGGAGUCGCGUUCGAAAGAGUUUGUCCCACUCCCUCAGGCAUUAAAAAGGGGUAACACAUGAUGAUUUUAUAUUGCAUGGUAUUUUCUCCCUUUGAUAGGGCCAUUAGGCUUGAAAAGCACAUAAAAUAUAGUUAAAAAGGAUAUACAACGUGUCAAAAAAUUGUCAAUUACCCUCUCAAUUCUCAAGCAAGUUUCGUAAGAUUUAAAGUUCAGCAUUUUCAGGUUUCACUCAAGCAUGAGUGGUGCACACAGUAUCUAAAUCUUCCAAGCAGUCCGCAAAAAAAAUGGUGUCGAAGAAACUCUUGUAUCUUUUCUUUUUUGCAACUUUACAACCUGUUUACAAUUUUGACGGUAUGCAGAAAAGAAUUACUCAGUCAAAUUACUAAAUUUUCUCGUUUUAAGUACCAAUUCUCUCUUUAUCUUAUUACAGGAGAAUCGUUCUAGGCAAAUUACUGUUGGUUUUUGGGAUGGCUGCAUUUUGCUGAAUAUCUUUGAAUUGAAAUUUGCAUUUGGUAUUGUAUUGUAUACUGACUUUGCUGAGUAUUGAUUCCUCGGUCGUAUUCCAAAAUACAAUGUAUACAUGUAUAUAUAAAAACAAGUUUUGGUAUAACCUAUACAUAAUUUAGUUUUUCUUGCAUGUACAUAUUUUAGAGAUGUGAAUUAUAAUUUGGUUCCAAUGAUAUGUGUAGCAGUUACAUUAUAAUAAUGAAUAUCGAAAAGAAUAUGACAGUUAGUAUCAAAAAUUAUAUCGCACUGUAUUCGAUUACAAAAUAUGGUUGUUAUUUGAAGUUAUAAAUUUCUUCUGUUUUAUCCUCUGUCGUACAAAGUCAUGUUGUAUGUAAUGUUUUACUCUUUUAACAUUGUAUAAUAUUGUAUAAACAUAUUUGUAUUUUAACAGGGCUCUCUUGUAAAGCAGUUCUGUACUGAAGAGACUACCCUGGGUAAAUAAAACAAGUAAAUAAAUGUACAUCAAAGGGAAGUUGUGAGUUGAUUCAGAUCGUGUUUUGAGCCCAUCAGGGGCCCGUUAUAUCCAAAAGCUUAGCAAUCAUCCUAGAACAUAUUCUACGAUUGAUUGCGUUGAAUACAAUGCACAAUCAUUGGAAAAAAUCAAGCAUACGAUUAAUCGCUGACCAUCGCUGGUCACUUCAUUUGAGUUGUGACGUCAAACGAUGGUCCCAAUGAUUUGACUGGUUUUUUUUCUUCAAAUGAUAUCUUAUUCGUUCCUCUUCAAACACGAAAAUCAUUACAAAAAAAACUUUUACCAUCAAUGAACUUUUAAACGUUCAAUAAAGAUGUCUUUAAACAAAUACUUCGAGCAAUAAAAGAGUUAUUCAAAACUACUUUACAUUGAAUAAAUGUAGGCCCUACUAACAAAAUUAACUAAUGAAAUUUACGUUUUUCUUCCUUUUCCAUUAAAGACACUCAUUAAGCUGAAUUUUCCAAACUAACAGUUUAAGUAAAUUAAGAGGUAGAUAGUAAACAAUCACAUUGAUACACUAUUGGAAUUAUUCAGCCACCCCCUCCCACACAUACAUACGCACACCCACACACGCGCAUGUUUUAUUCAUUUAUUUAUUAAAAAUGUACGUAAUUUUUCCACAUAACCUGUGAAUAUUUGUAAAUUUUCUUGUUAAGUCUUGAAUAUGUAUCGUCGGUCUUUCUAUAUGAAUGUGUGUUUUUAUACAAUUUUGUAAAUAUAGUUUUGUUUGGGGAGAAAUGUGUACAUUUUAUGAAGUACGUGCUAUCUAAUGCAAAACAUAUUGUAAUUAUUUUAAACAUUUUUGUUUGUUAAUGUUGUCGACGAUGAUGAUGAUUCAUGCUCUGGAUAGUAUAAAGCAAAUUCAGUGCGUGAUUGCCACUGUCGCAACAUUUGACAAUAUCUUACUCCCCGCAUUAUUCGGAUAAUUAUGAAAACAAGGAAACUAAUGUCAUUUAAACAGUAUGAAUAUAUUCCAGAUAUAAGUCUAUCACAAAUCGUAAUUGCGGCUUACAUGAUUAAGUGAUGUUUAUGUGUGUCUUUAACGCGAUAUGAAUUAUCUUAAUGAGUUAACAUGGGUGAAAUGAAUUUGUAGAAAACGUAAUCAUAAAACCGAAACUGUUUUUUUUUUAAUGUAUGAUAUCAUUAACAAAAAGACAAUGACCUUAUUUGCAUACUUGGCACAAGUUGUGAA